CUACGAGCACAAGAACCACCUGUCACAAUGAAUAUUCUCGAGGCCAUAUUAUUUUUCCAUCGUCUAUUUCAACUUUGCAACCUAACCCAGCUUGGAUUGGAUAAGCCAACAUGGUCAGCAAUAAAGUCCAGGCCCUUGAAAAUAUAUUCAUUCGUCAUAUUACUGUUUUCACUAGCCAUAUUAAUCGAGGGUAUAGUGAAUCCGAACUUGAAAGGAAAAUAUGCAGGUGAUGUAGGUGUCACAGUGGACUACAUUCAACUAAUCGGAGUUCGAACUGCUUAUAUUGUUUGUGUCAUCGAGGCUUUAUGUCACGUCAAAGAACAACAGGCACUGUUAAAAAAUGUCCAAGAAAUUGAUCGGAUAUUCGAAGUAUCACUCAACACUGACGUUGAAAAUCGCAAGUUUCGUUCAAAAAUUAUCAAAAAUGGUCUUGUCAUGCUGAUAGUUUAUUUUUUCUGUGAAUGUUUCAUCCUUGCGAUAACAGCCUUAAGAUCAACCUCAAUUUACAUUGGUUUUUGGAUACUUUACACAGUGCCUCUGUUAGUUUGUGGAGUACGAUACUUUCAAUAUCUACUCUUCAUUGACAUUAUAAAGCAACGGUUUGUAAAACUCAAUGAAGUUCUCAGAAGUGUAAAUUUAUUAAAUGCCAUUUACAAGUCGGGACAUCAUAAGUUCCUUGGAAGAGGACAAGCAGCAUUCAAGUUAGUUAAAACAACAGAUAAAUAUAGCAAAACUAUGUACCGUGAUGGAUUUGAUUUGACAAAACUUCUGGUAAUAAGGGACCUCUAUAGUCGCUUAUGGGAGGUUUGCACUUUGGUGAAUAAGUGCUUUGGACUAUCGAUCCUGAUUGCUAUUGGUGUGGAUUUUUUGGCUAUCACGGCAAACUUCUAUUGGAUAUUCCUAAAUUUUAAAAAGUUCUCUUCAUCGUACGGUGAUAUUUUUCGAAUAGCUUCAAGCGUUUUCUGGUCAAUGCCACAUCUUUAUAAUGUUGUGAAAUUAGCUAUAAUGUGUCAUACUACUAUUGAGACUACAUCUGAAAUAGCUUUGGGUGUGCAUAGAAUUCAGGUGGACUUAUUUAAUGAUAAUCACAAUUCAUUGAUUGAACAGUUUUCUCUACAACUACUUCACCAAAAAAUACAUUUUACAGCUUUUGGAUUUUUCUCGAUCGAUUGUAGUCUACUGUAUACUAUUGUUGGAGCUACUACAACCUAUUUGAUUAUACUGAUUCAAUUCCAUAUGAGUGAACAAAGGGAUGUUUCAUCAAAAGCUUUUCAAAAAGUGAUUGCUAACAUAACACAGUAAUUAAUUAAAAUAUUUAAAAAUAAGUUUUCAAUGAAAUGAA